AUGGAUGAUGAAGGUGAUGACAUUCCCCAGCUUUCAUCCCAUACGCUGGCUGCGCUCCAGGAGUUCUAUUUGGAACAGCAGCAGAGAGAGGGCAUGAAGACCUCCCAAGGGUUUAAUCAAUAUUCCAUUGGCUCAAUAGAAGAAGACUGGCAACUGAGCCAGUUUUGGUACAGUGAUGAAACCGCAUCACGCCUGGCUAACGAAGCGGUUGUGGCAGCUGGGAAAGGUGGCAGGAUAGCAUGUGUUAGUGUACCCAGUGUGUACCAGAAACUGAAAGAACAGCAUGGUAAAGCUUUUUCAGUCUGUAUACUGGAGUAUGACAGAAGGUUUUCUGUAUAUGGAGAAGAAUUUAUCUUCUAUGAUUACAACCACCCUUUGAACUUACCUGAAAAUCUCCUGCCACACAGUUUUGACAUCGUCAUAGCAGAUCCACCCUAUCUGUCUGAGGAAUGUCUUCAAAAAACUGCAGAGACCAUCAAAUAUUUAACAAAAGGAAAGAUUCUGCUUUGCACGGGUGCAAUCAUGGAGGAACAGGCAGCAAAGCAUCUCGGGGUGAAGAUUUGCAAGUUUAUUCCAAAACAUGCACGAAAUUUAGCCAAUGAAUUUCGGUGUUUCGUGAACUAUGCUUCUGGGCUGGACUGAGCCUCCUAAGAAGAUCUACAACUUUCUCAGUCAUGCUCCUUUCUGUGUUUUAGCAGUGACUCUGUAGUUCUCAAUGCUGAAAUACUCAGCUCCAAGUACUGUUUUCUGAGCCAGCUUUAAUCGUGAUAGCCUCUCUCUUUUAAAUGUGUAAGCAUUUGCAGCCACUG